ACAAAUAAUAAUAAUAAUAAUAAGCCUUUUAUUUCCAUAAUGAAUAACUAAUCUAAGUACAUAUUCAACAUGCAUUAAUUAUUAAGAUUUCAACAUUGAUUAUUUAAAUAAAAUAUAGUCUAAUUAUGAUUAAUUAAUUAAAAAAAAAAUCAGUUCCAUGCAGAAAUCAAGUUUCAUUAACUACAUAUAUGUAUUAUAUAAAUUAUUUUUUUUCUAUCACUAUAAUAAUUAUGUCGAAGCAGAUAUGAUCAAAAAUUCGAAAUUACUAAAUUGAAUUAUUAAAAUUAUUUACUGUUUUUUUUUUCAAUAUGGACCCCUCAACGGGUAAAGGCCUCCUCCAUUUUGCUCCACGCCUGUCUAUCCUGUGCUUGUGUGAUCCAGUCUUCGCCGGCUUUUCUUAUAAUAUCGUCGAUCCAUUUUUCCCUCGGUUUACCUCUUUUCUUUUUAUUUGCUGGUCCUUGCCAAGUAGUUAUUCGCUUUGUCCAUUUUUGUUUGUCCAUGCGUGCUAUAUGACCGGCCCAUUUCCAUUUUAGUUUUUGAGAGUGUUCCAAAGUAUCUAUUAUUUUAGUGGUUUUUCUUAUUUCAGUGUUUCUUUUUCUGUGUUUUAAUCUUAUAUUUAGUACACUCCGUUCCAUUGCUCUCUGACUUACUUGUAUUUUAUUUUUAAUUUUUUUAUUAUAGAUCCACCUUUGGCAGCCGUACGUCAGACAAGGUAGUAAACAAGAAUCGAUAACUUUUUUCUUGAGCUUCAUAGGGAGCUUUGAUUUUAGGGUUUCUUUAUUGCUCCAAAAUUUAUUCCAUGUUAUGUUAACCCUUCUUUUGACCUCCUCUUCGAUUCUUGUCGCAGAGAAUGACACCUGUUGGCCUAAGUAAACAUAGCUUUGAACGUAUUCUAGUGUGUUGUUGUUAACACUUAUUGGUAUUUUAUGGUGGUUCGUUAGUACUUUGGUCUUGGUAAUAUUUAAUUAUAAGCCGAUCUUACUGCUUGCCUCAUUAAGGUCAUUAAUCAUUCUUUGUAAUUGCGAUGCUGUUUCAGAAAAUAGUAUUAUGUCAUCAGCAAAGCGGAGAUUACUGAGAAAUGUCCCAUUUAUAUUUAAUCCUUUUCUGUCUGACUGUCACAUAUAUAAAAUGGGAAUGGGAUAUCCCAUAGCCCAGAAUUUAGCCGAUUAGUCUAGCUCAUUUUAGAUCUCAUGAACUCUCAAUAGUCCUUACACCCUGGCUGGUGUUGCCUCUGCGUGCAUUUUAAGAUGACAUGGGCAAGGGCAACACCCGCUCGGUGUAACCCUUACAUUUCAUAAGUGUCAAAAGGGACUCUACGUGUUGGCUUCAGCUCCACGCACGCCUCCCAAUUGUCUGGAUCCCUAUUAUCCCGCGAUGGGAAAGACAUAAAAUAAGCAAAAAACGGAACCCUUAUGGAUUCGUCAUGUCUGUCUGUCUGUCCGUCCGUGUCACAGCGACUUUCUUCCGAAACUAUAAAAAGUAUACUGUUGAAACUUGGUAAUUAGAUGUAUUUUGUGAACCGCAUUAAGAUUUUCACACAAAAAUAAAAAAAAAAUUUUUUUGGGGGUUCCCCAUAUUUAGAACUGAAACUCAAUUUUUUUUCAUCAAACCCAUACGUGUGGGGUAUUUAUGGAUAGGUCUUCAAAAAUGAUAUUGAGGUUUCUAAUAUAAUUUUUUUCUAAACUGAACAGUUUGCGCGAGAGACACUUCCAAAGUGGUAAAAUGUGUGUGUUAAGUUUUUUUUUUUUUACUUUAUUAGGUACACUAAACGGAUAUCAUGGGAAACGCUGUGGGAAACAUGCAUGCACAUCAGGCGCGGAUACAAGAUUUGGCUUAGGGGGGGGCCAUUUUGAGAAAAUCAUAUAUUUUUGGUAAAAAAUAAAAUUUACUCAAUUUAGUAAUGUGAGAGCCAGGGUUUUAGGGGGGGGGGCAUUGCCCCUAUGGCCCCCUCCUUGUAUCCGCGCCUGAUGCACAUUAUGGCUUAAUGAAAACUUUUUACAAAACAAGAAAACCGACUUCAAAAAGGAUAAAAUAAAAUAUUAUCUUGCAUCCUAAUGCAACCAACUGCAAAUAAUAUACAACAUGCAAUAUACCAACUGAUAUGUUUGAUUAGAAGUGGUGUCGGUCGGUGGCGGUCAGUACGGAAUAUUUGAUUAUAUCCUUUUUGAAGUCGGUUUCCUUUUAUUGUAAAAAGUUUUCAUUAAGCCAUAAUGUGCAUACAUGUUUCCCAUGAUCGGUCGGUAGAUAGAUCGCUUACAGUACGCACGUCUCCUAUUUUACGUCAGGGCUGUCCAAUCUGUCCACGCAGGGGUCGCUUUAAUUAAAUCAACAUGUUUUUGUGCGCGCGGUGUGACAACAGUACCUCGGACGGACCAACCUGUGCCUUGUGCAAGCGUCAAUUUGACUUUCCGUGUUCCGGUAUCUCAGAGACCUAUUUCAGGAAACUCGGUGCGCGGAGGGGUUCUUGGCGCUGCUCUGAUUGUGUGAAUAAUCCAUCCUCCAGUAACAAUGACCCGCAACUGGUGGCACAGCUCGACGAAAUGAAAGAUACAUUAAAUACCAUCAAACGGCAACUGGAGCCCCUUGCCUCUCUUGUCGAGGACGUGAAGACCAUCAAGGCUGACAUUUCACACUUAAAGGAUUCUGUGGAGUUAGCACACAGUUCAGUUGGUAAAGUCUCAAACUCCCUUGAACGCCUUGACGAUAGGGUAAAAACCUUGGAACAUGAAAUUAACAACUUAAAAAAAAUGCAAGAUGAGGUCUCAAAGAUGAAUGAAGACAUGCAGGAGAAAGAGCAGUGGGCCCGUGCAAAUAAUGUAGAAAUAAAAGGCAUACCGAUGAAGAGCUCCGAAAAUCUCUACGAGCUUGUGUCUCAGGUUUCUCAAGUGAUAGGAUGUCAAGUUCGACGAGAAGAUAUUAAUUACAUUGCUCGCGUCCCAAAUCUUCACGAGAAGACAGUUAAAAAUAUUAUUAUGGCUGUGGGAUGCGUAGUAACGCAGUACUUCACCACUUUAUUCACUUACUUGAAAUACAUAAAACAUUCGGCUUACGCCCACAUGGCAUUUAAUAAUCGAUUCACUAAAGAAAACUACAUAGCUGCAUCUCGUAGGCAUGGCAGUCUCUCCCUUAAAGAUAUAGGAUACCAUGGAGAUGGGAAGAUAUACGUGAAUGACCAUCUCACUCUUCACAAUAAAGCGCUGCUGAGGGAGGCAAAAAUACUAGCAAAAGAAAAAAACUGCAAGUAUAUCUGGACCAGACACUGCAAAAUUCUAGCUCGAAAAACGGACACUUCACCAAUCUUUCGUAUAAAAGUGAAGCAAGACCUUCUGAAAAUAUAAAUUACUCUAAUGUUCACUCGAUACUAUUAUUAAUACUUAGUGGCACUCAUUUUUUUGUUUACUGUUUUAUGUGUAUUCACUUAGCGGCCCUGCGGUUGGGGAGCACUAGCUGUAACGGGUAUGUCUUUGUGUGCAUUAUCGCUUGAAUUCCUUAUCGCUCGCCGGUUCAUUCAGUCUCGGUCCAACCCUUUUGUUGGAUGUAUUGUUGUGAACCCUAUUGAAAUGACCUUAGAGCUCAUUAUAUUUAUAUUGCUGUGUAAUUUGGGAGCUAAAUCGCUUGCAGUAAAUCAUAAUUGUAUUUACAAUUCGUUCUCAGUACCGGGCUUAAAUAUUUUUAAAACUUAUUUAAAGUGUACCCUACUUAUACUCCCGAAAGAAGCAAAUCAGUUGAAAUAUAUUAUUUAUAACGCGUAUUGUACUUGUAUUAUGAAGUGUAUAUUUGUUAUUAAUUUGCGCAUGCAUUUAGCGAUAGUUAAUUCUGUACGACAUAACAUCUAUUUUACUUAUAGUCUUCAUUUUCCGGUCAUAAUUUAAACAUAUACUACCAGAAUACUAGAGGAUUGCGCACUAAAACUAACUCAUUUAAAAGAAAUAUUCAAUUGAACACUUAUGACGUCAUAUCAUUAACGGAGACAUGGCUAUUCGACGGGAUUAGUAAUAGUGAAUUGUUCGAUGAUCGAUACCUUGUAUGGCGAGUAGAUAGGGACUACAGUCGCACUAACCAACGGUACGGAGGCGGAGUUCUGUUGGCGGUUCGGAAAGAGUUCACCACUCACGGGCGACCUGAGUGGCACUCCUCGGCGGAAGAUGUCUGGGUCACAAUACUAACAGGUUCGCGUAACAAUCGUUUGAAUAUUAAUAUAUGUACAUUGUACUUAUGCUCAGAAAACAAUGGUAACUCUUUUAAUACCCAAUUGCACAAUUUUACAAACAAACUAAAUGACAUAAUGAUAUCUGCUCCAAAUGAUAUAUUUGUCAUAUUAGGAGAUUUCAAUUUACCUAAUAUAGAUUGGCAUUUACUCCCCGAUGGCCUUAUCGAACCACGUGGGCUGGCCGGAGAAACUCAAGUAUUUUUCUUUGAUACCCUUAAUCAACACAAUUUGGACCAGUUCAACUCAGUACAUAAUGUUAAUAACAGAAUCUUAGACUUUACGUUCUCGAACGAACCGCUUCUAAUAGAUCCCUGUCUCUGUCCCCUUGCUGAACCUGAGGACGCUCACCACAAGUCUUUGACAUUACAACUGUGCUUAAUUACCUCGACACCCCUUGCGUCUAAUACAAGACAAGUAUAUAAUUACAAAAUAGGCAAUUACGAAAAGAUACGCGCCGAGCUAAAUAUUUUAAACUGGGAUACAAUUCUUAAUGAUGGGUCUUUGGAUGACGCCUUAUCGGUUUUUAAUUCAACUAUUUACAAUUUAAGAGAUAAAUUUAUACCUCAUAAAAUUGUUUUCCCAAAUAAGUAUCCUCAGUGGUUUAGUCCGGCUUUAAAAAAAGUGUUGAAAGAAAAACAUAAGUACUUUCAGAAAUAUAAAAAGUAUGGCUGCCUUUCUGAUUUACAAACUUUUUCAUUACUUAGACGGAGAGCUAAAAUGUUAGAGGAGACUUGUUACAAAAACUAUAUCAGCAGAGUCGAAAACGCGGUUGUAGAUAACCCAAAAUAUUUUUGGUCAUACACUAAAUCGCUCAGUAAAGGAUCUCAGAGUCUCCCAGCUGUUAUGAAAUAUGAUUCUACUCAAGCCGAUACUGGUGAAUCUGUUUGCAAUUUAUUUGCCGAUUAUUUCAAAACUACCUUUCUCUGCAGUAGCUCAAGUGGCGUUCAACCUAUGAUUGAACCUACCGCUACUAGCACUAGCAUAUGCGACAUUGAAAUUAACUCUAACGAAGUCCUUAAACUGUUAAAGUCUGUUGAUCUUAACAAAGGGGCAGGUCCCGACUUUAUACCGCCUAUCUUAAUUUCAAAUUGUGCUGAAAGUCUCGUUAAUCCCCUCUGUGUUAUUUUCCGUCGAUCCCUGGCUGAAGGCACUGUCCCUAGAAUCUGGAAAUCUGCC